GGCCCUGGGGUUUAGGGUUUAUCUACCGGGGGCGAUGGGCAGAUCACGCAGGGCUUGAAGCUUUGGCCUUGGCCAUGGAAAUUGAAGCUACGGCAGGAUACAAAAUUUUCCUCUUUCCCCGUAAGACUCGAGGCGCAUGAACCGUGGCGGUUAGGCCGUCUGUCUCCUAAACAAAUUCUCAGCGUUGGGAAAUUGGUUCCGUCGAUUACUGCCCAGAGCACAUUGCCGGUGCCAAAGACCACGUAUAUGUGAAUCUAGAGUACUCGAGGACUGAAGGAUAUAUUUGCAGUAGUGUGCAGAGAUGGCUUCGUUGUUGCAGCAAAUUGCUGCAACUGUCAGUGCAGGAGCAUUAUCUAGCAGUGCUACAUGUGGCCCCUCUAGGUUCUGUUCCUCGAGGUUUCCUCCUCCGUCGGUGUCCUGGAGCCGAAAUGUGAUUUUGAAUCUGAAUUGUGCACUGGCUGUGAAGAAUUCUAUCGGUGCGUGCGCGACACACCGUCGCAGUGAAAGGAGAAGGAUUCUUGUCAAUGCCACGGAUGCAGAUUCAGAUCGACACACGCACGAAGUGGAGAUACUCGACCCCAAAACAGGAGAGUACAGGGGUAUAAGCGGGGAGUACAACAAACCUUCUGGCGUGAUUGAUUACAAGGUGAUCGAAGAAAAUGAGUCGGAAGAAGGGCCGGACGGAGACUUUGACGAUGGGGAGUCCGAAGAGGAACUCCUGAAGCGCUUUGCCGCUGCUGUUGGACUUGAAGACAAUGACGUGGUUGGAAAGUUGUUUGACAAAAUGAGGAACCCAGCUUCCGACAAAAUCGUCCGGCAGCUGGAGGAGGGCGUUGGUGACAUAGAGGAUCUGCUGAUGGAUAUGUUCGGGGACGUUCAGGAAUUCAGGCAACUAUUUAAAGAGGUCGAGAAGAUGAUAGACACCGGAGAUGCGAAUUCAGCUCGGGAACUUGUUGAGGGCAAUUAUGAAGCUUUGCUGGAGCAGUUGGAGGAUGGGGUUAUGGGAGUGGAGCAGGUUGCAAUGCUGGACAUCUUAUCCCAUCUUUACAUACGUUUAGGAGAAACUGAGGCAGCUGAACAACUCCUUCGGCAGACGAAGGAGCUUUUAGACAACCUUCCUGAAGGAGAAGCUGUGGCUGGCAACAUACUGGAGCAUCUGGGGUCCAUGUAUUUGAAACUAGGCAAACCCAGAGAGGCCCUUCCUCUCUUUCAGAAAAGUCUUGCCGUCAAGAAGGAACUGCAAGGAGAUGACGUUCCGUCGAUCGUGAGAACCAUGCUGGGUCUUGCAAAUACGUAUAGUGAGCUCAACAUGACGAGUCAGAGUAUUGAUAUGUACAAACAAAUUUUAGCCCAUGCCGAGGAAGCUUUGGGGGCCGACGAUGAAGAUUUGGCUGCUCCUCUAAUGCACCUUGGAAGCUCGUUACUUGAAGAUGGAAAGCUUGACGAAGCAGAAUUGACUAUACAAAGGGCUCUAAACUUGACUGAAAAGUCCUUCGGUGCUGCUGACGGGAAGGCUGGAGUGGCAGCAUGCGUCCUAGCUCAAGUCAAAAGUGCUAAAGGUGAAUUCGAUGCAGCUGUAAACUUGUUCAAAAAGGGUCUGCAAACCAUAGAGAGCUGUCCAGAUUUUGCAGAGGACGAAAACCUUGAUACCGUUCGAAUGGACCUAGCAGCUCUUCUCAAUGUGCUAGGAAGAACUGAAGAGAUGAAUGAGAUACUGGGGAAAACAGACCUGAAGGACAAAAAGUUACUGGAGUAUUACUCGUCUCAACAGGUUGAGCAUCUGGAGAAGCUUGCAGAACACUAUGCUGAGAACGGAGAGUGGAUUAAGUCUGAAAAUGCGCUAAGGAAGAGCUUGAAAAUAUUACUGGCAAAUCUGGGCCCGGAUGCGCCACAAGUUUCAGUCGUUUUGCAACUCUUAGCCACCCUUCUGCACGCGCAGCCCGACAGGCAGUCAGAAGCAGAACCUCUUGCUCGUGAAUCUCUUCGAAUAAGGGAGAAAGCCUACGGAAAACACCAUAUUAGUGUUGCUGAAGCAUGCAGCUUUCUGGCAUCUAUCUUACACGAGCACGACCAAGACGAGGAGGCUGUUGAUAUGAUGUACAGAGUCGUGGACAUCCAAGAGAGGGAGUUCGGUCCGGAUAACCCAGAACUGGAAGAAACUCUAGAUGUUCUGAGCAUGUUGCUCAUGAAUACCAGUAGAUAUGCCGAAACGGUUCCUAUCAUCAAAAAGCUUGAGCGUUUGAAGCAAAACAAUGCUUCUGCAUACAGCAUGUAGAACUCCUACAGCCUCUGUGCAUCUAUCCAACCCAGCGAACCAUCGAAACUCAGGACAGCGUAUUCGAAGAUACCGCGAUCUCACGAUCAUCAGGCUAGCCCAUCACAGCUUCAGAUUUAUGGGCAACAGCGUGUCCCGAGAAGCAGUUAUUAGGCGAGGUCCAUCACAACGUAUUAUCCGACCGUCAAAGUGGUCAAAAUUGUAGACGUACCAAUUAGCGUUUCUGGGCGCUCUUCCCUGAAGCCAAGUGCGGGAAAACUAUACCCACGGCUGGCAGAUUUUACAAAUUUAGAGAGUAGAUAAAAUUCAGAAUAGGUAGAUCAGUCUCUUAGGGAUUGCACCCUUUUCAGGGCAAGGGUUGCCUGAGAGUGUACAAGUGAAGUGCUACAACCCGGGUGUUUCCUCAGUACGAAUGAUCGAUGGAAAGUCGACGCAAUGUGCAUUUUUUUUCUUUCUGUUGAUGUUCAAUCACUCUCUUCUU